AGAUUUUUUUAGCAAAACUCCCUCUUAGUCACAAAGAACCAAGCGAACUAGAUAGACAUAAUUUCUUUUUACCAGAAUGGCUGGAUUACGAAACUUGUUCCUUGGAGUUUUGUUGGUAAUUCUGGUAGUAUGGGCAAUAGUGGCUACCAUUUUUGCAGUAAAGAGAAAUAAUGAGAAUGAUUUACACUUCUCUAACUCCUCUGACUUGCAUGAGACAAAAGUGGAAUUUCUGGAGAUGAGCAAAGAAAACCAGACUAGACUACAGGCUAUGCUGGCUCAGGGUGAAAAAAACCUGAACACAGUCAACUCAUCCCUUAUCUUGUGCCAGGAACAAAAGAUCAUUUUACAUGACAAUCUCACUGCACUGCAUAAUGAAAUUUUGACCUUUGCCAAUGUCACAGCAAAAGUAACUCUUAUGCAAGGUGAAAUUGAAUCAGUGCAACAGACCUUGACACAAACAUCACAGGACCUGCAGAGUUUCAAAGCCAAGUAUGCAGAGACUGUGGAAGCAACUGGCAGAGAGAAACAACAAUGUGAGACAAGGAAGGAUGAGCUGCAGCACAAAAUCCAGGAGCAACGCUCUAAGAUCAAGGAUCUCGAGGUGAAGCUGUUGGCACUCAGUGGGGUGAACAGACCUGUGCCCGUUCACAGCAUCACUGCUCUCUGCAUAACAGCCCUACUAGUGGCUCUUCCUGUGAAUAUGUAGUUGAAAGGAGCUUUGAAUCGGGAAUAUGAAGCACAGCAGAGCUGCAAGAGUCUUUGAGAAUCCUACAGUACUUGCAGAGGCAAUGCUUAGGAACACCUUGAACAUACACUUUGUUAAUAAAACUGCUGGGGAAAAAAGCACUUCAUAUUUUUUCAAUGAUGUGAUAUUUUUUAUGUUGAACAAGAAGUUACUGUAUUAUAAUAAAGCAGUACAUUUGAGAUCAACCCAAACAAAUGAGUUUUAUGUAGAGUUAAAAGACCAAAGGGUCUAUGUUAUUAAACAGUGACAGAAGUAAAUAUCACCAGCCUUGUAGUUAACAAAAUGAUUCCAUAGUUUUUUUUGUUUUUCACUAAUAUUAGUUAUGUAGGUCAGUGCAGUUUUAAAAGAAGCACAAGAGAUGUUAAGCCUCUGCCCUCUUGCUUGAGCAAUGUGUUCUGUGUCCACCUCCUUUGUCACCUGGGGCUCUAGUAACAGCUCUGUCUCUAGUGUACGUAUCCCUGCGCUCUUUUCAGCUCUGUAUCUCUAGUGUACGUAUCCCUGUGCUCUAUUCAGCUCUGUCUCUAGUGUACGUAUCCCUGCGCCCUUUUCAGCUCUGUAUCUCUAGUGUACGUAUCCCUGUGCUCUAUUCAGCUCUGUCUCUAGUGUACUUAUCCCUGCGCUCUAUUCAGAAACCAGCUUGUUGUGACUGAAUUGCUCAUUUCCAUGUUAUAUAUAUGGAUAAAAACCCCACUGUUGAAGGAUCAUUGGUAAGGCUGUGAAUCUGAAGGAAAAUGAAGACCAAAGAGCA